UUUGUGAUCCCUGGCUGCGUCAUUUCCGUUGCCGGCGUGCCAUCGUCUCCCAGCCUCAGCGGCGUGUCUGUCGUGGUCUCGGCUCCCUCCUCUCCUCCCUCCGUCGGCCAUGGCGAUGCGGCAGACCCCGCUGACGUGCUCCGGCCACACGCGGCCCGUGGUCGACCUGGCCUUCAGCGGCAUCACCCCCUACGGCUAUUUCCUCAUCAGCGCCUGCAAAGAUGGCAAGCCUAUGCUCCGCCAGGGCGACACGGGAGAUUGGAUUGGAACAUUCCUUGGUCACAAGGGAGCAGUCUGGGGUGCCACUCUAAAUAAGGAUGCCACGAAGGCCGCUACAGCAGCUGCAGAUUUCACUGCCAAAGUGUGGGAUGGUGUUUCAGGGGAUGAAUUAAUCACCUUGGCUCACAAGCACAUUGUCAAAUCUGUGGACUUCACUCAGGACAGCAAUUACCUACUGACAGGUGGACAAGAUAAACUUUUGCGUAUCUAUGACUUAAGUAAGCCAGAAGCAGAACCUCAAGUGGUCAGUGGUCACACAUCUGGUAUUAAAAAAGCUCUGUGGAGCAGUGAUGACACACAGAUACUUUCAGCAGAUGACAAAACGGUCAGGCUUUGGGACAGAAAUACAUUGACAGAAGUGAAGGCAAUAAACGUUGCCAUGUCUGUGAGCAGCAUGGAGUAUAUUCCAGAAGGGGAGAUAAUUGUGAUCACCUAUGGAAGAACGAUUGCAUUUCACAGUGCUGAAACCCUGGAGCAGAUUAAAUCUUUUGAGGCCCCUGCAACCAUCAAUUCUGCAUCUCUUCACCCUGAGAAAGAGUGUCUAGUUGCAGGUGGUGAAGAUUUUAAACUGUAUAAGUAUGAUUAUAACACUGGUGAAGAAUUAGAAUCAUACAAGGGGCAUUUUGGGCCCAUUCACUGUGUCAGAUUUAGCCCAGAUGGAGAAUUGUAUUCUAGUGGCUCUGAGGAUGGAACACUAAGACUGUGGCAGACAACAGUAGGGAAAACAUAUGGUCUCUGGAAAUGUGUGAUUCCUGAAGAAGAAGGUGGAGAGCUGGCUAAAGCAAAAGUCAAUCUUCCAGGGACUACAGAGGAAGAACUAGAAGACCUUGGCUCUGAAAAUUCAGAUUCCAUCUACAGCACAACUCCUGAAGUUAAGGCUUGAACGUCACAGCUGUUAAUGACAACACAUGGACAUUCUGAGACUGAAUCAAGAACGCAGCAGUAUGCAGCAGCCUCCUGGGGUGCACACUGUAUCGGGGGGCAAAGAUGGGCAGUAUUUGAUGAGAAUGCUUUGGAACUGAUUAUCUGCCGAGAGUUGAGAGUAUUGAAUGAGAUGAGCAGUAACAGUUUUUGCUGUCUUCUAACACCACUGCCUGUAUAUCUGAAUGUAAUCUGGCAGCUGAGACCCAGUUUCUCCAAUUUUGGUUAACUCAUUGUAGUGUUUAUUACUGAGGAGAAAUGCAAGGGCUUCUAACAAAGUCUCUCUGAAAGUGGGAAGAGUUGGCAAAAGAUGGGGUUAUGUGGCAAAACAACUGAAUUGUUUUCCCCUUUUGUUGUACAUUGCUUCAGAAUAUCUGUUUUCCACCAUCUAAAUAAAAUGCCUCUCUGCAGCAACAUUGCUAGGAGAAA